UUGGCAGCACUGUCAACAACCCUAGUGGAAAACUAGCUAUGUGCGGAAAAUUAUUUAGUGCAUAUUUAGAGCUGAGAAUAAAGACGCAGCAAUUAUAAAGUUAAACAGUGCAAUCAGAAAGAGACAAAGUUGUACUCAAAACUUUACUAAAUCGGUGUAUGCGUGAGUUUGUUUGUGUGCAAGAGUUACUGUUGCUGCCGGACAACUAAGUGAAGAAGAAGGAGGUGGAGGUGGUGGUGGUGGAGGAGGAGGAGCCGAAGCAGCACUCCUAGCUGCAAAGAAAAGCCUUGCUGUUGCCAUAAUUACAGUAGCUUUGUGGGAGUUCAAGUUUAACAGCGUGUGUGAGUGUGUGUGCGUGCGUGUAUGUGAGUGCGUGCUCAUAAGCGUUUUCAAUGUGUGCGUAACACCCCCAAAGGCGCUCUUUUUAGCACACACUGAUGUAAAUUUACAACAACUGCUUUGCAGUUUGGAGCAAUUACAUUAGCAGCGGUAGUUGAAGGGGAGAGAGAAGAGAGCGGCAACGGUCGCUGACUUGCCCGUUUUGUUUUGUGCGCACAUUCGCGUGCUUCUCUUUGUUUGGUGCAGUUUGGCUGGCGCUGCUUUUGUGCAACGCUUUCGGCAGCGCUUUGUGGCCAUCAGCUGGAUACGGAUUUUGUGACGGCGGCGACACAAACAACGCCGAAGUGGAUGCCCAUGCACGCGGUGGCCUGGGCAUUGCCCAGGACUUUGGCAUGGCCGGACCGGCCAACGGCCCGCCCGCCCACAUGUACGGAGCCGUAGCGCCGCAGGACAUUAUUGUCCGUGACAUGGUACAAAUGCCGCCGCCUCCGCCCUCGAAUGCGCCCACAUCGGCGGAUGCCUGCCUGAGCAUUGUGCAUUCGCUAAUGUGCCACCGGCAGGGCGGGGAGAGCGAGGGAUUUGCCAAGCGGGCCAUCGAGUCGCUGGUUAAGAAGCUCAAGGAGAAGCGAGACGAAUUGGAUUCGCUGAUAACGGCAAUUACCACUAACGGCGCCCAUCCAAGCAAAUGCGUCACCAUCCAGCGCACGCUUGACGGUCGCUUGCAGGUGGCCGGACGCAAGGGAUUCCCACAUGUGAUCUAUGCCCGCAUUUGGCGCUGGCCAGAUCUCCACAAGAACGAGCUGAAGCACGUCAAGUACUGCGCCUUUGCGUUCGAUCUCAAAUGCGAUUCGGUGUGCGUGAAUCCCUACCAUUACGAGCGUGUCGUCUCGCCGGGCAUCGAUCUGUCCGGACUCAGCUUGCAGUCGGGCCCCAGUCGCCUGGUCAAAGAUGAAUACUCAGCCGGCUCUCUGGUUGGCGGCAUGGACAUCGAUGGCAACGACAUCGGCACCAUACAACAUCAUCCCACGCAGAUGGUCGGCCCGGGUGGCUAUGGUUAUCCGCCCCAGGGACCCGGGCCCGGUGACUACGUCACUGAUGCUAAUCAAAUGAGUGCAAUGUUUGCUGCCGGUCGUGCAAUACCAAAAAUCGAGCCGACGGACAGUGGCGGACCGCGCAGUUCGUGGAUGGUGCAACCGCCGCCACCUCGGCUCAACCAGGCCGCACAGCAGCAGGCAGCGCCACAGCAGCAACCACAACCACAACAAUCCCAAUCCCAGCCAGCGCCGCAUUCUCUUUCCGUACCUCAUGGCAUGCCUGGCAUGGGUGCCAUGAAUCCUGGCCCCGGGCCUGUUAUGGCGCCACCACCCCCGCCCACACAAGCACAGAGCACGCAAGGCAACGGUGUGCAUCAUGCCCAGGCCAGCUCACCCACAGAUCCAUCCUCGAUGGCCAUGCAACAGCAACAGCCGCCUCCCGGUGGCGGACCCAAUGGACCCAACGGUGUCAGUAAUUCUAGCGGAGCUGCUGGCACUGGUGGCCAGUACUAUGGAGCACCAUCCACAGGCGCACAAAUGCAAAACGUAGCCAAUGACGUGGGCAAGUUUAGUAACAGUGCAUCCAGUGGCACUGGUCCAACAAGUGUCCACUCCCAGCAACAGAAUGGCUAUGUAUCACAACCGGUUGGCCAGAAUGCCAACGCUGGUAACUAUGGAUCAACACAGCCUCCUUCAUCGCAGCAACAAUCGACAGCUGGCAACCAGCCCAAUUCUGGUGGUGGUGGUGGUGGAGUUGGUGCACAGUCCAGUGGAGGCGGAGGCGGUGGCUCUGCCGGCACCUGGACUGGACCGAAUACACUCACCUACACACAGUCCAUGCAACCGCCAGAUCCUCGCUCAUUGCCUGGCGCAUACUGGAAUUCAUCGAUGUCCGGUGACCUAGCAUCGCCGCAACAGGCGCCUCCACAGCAGCAGCAACAACAACAGCCGCGUCUGCUUUCUCGCCAGCCUGCACCUGAGUACUGGUGUUCCAUUGCAUACUUCGAGCUGGACACACAGGUGGGCGAGACGUUUAAAGUGCCCUCCGCCAAGCCAAAUGUCAUCAUCGAUGGCUACGUGGAUCCCUCGGGUGGCAAUCGUUUCUGUCUGGGCGCCCUCAGCAACGUGCAUCGCACGGAGCAAUCGGAGCGUGCCAGACUGCAUAUUGGAAAGGGCGUUCAAUUGGAUCUGCGCGGUGAGGGUGAUGUCUGGCUGCGUUGUCUCAGCGAUAACUCUGUGUUCGUACAAAGCUACUAUCUGGAUCGCGAGGCGGGCCGAACGCCGGGCGAUGCAGUUCACAAGAUCUAUCCGGCAGCGUGCAUAAAAGUUUUUGAUUUGCGUCAAUGCCAUCAGCAGAUGCACUCGCUGGCCACCAACGCACAAGCUGCUGCUGCAGCGCAAGCAGCUGCCGUGGCAGGUGUAUCCAAUCAACAGAUGGGUGGUGCUGGCAGAAGCAUUACGGCUGCUGCUGGUAUUGGAGUCGAUGAUCUGCGUCGUCUUUGUAUACUGCGACUGAGCUUUGUCAAGGGAUGGGGACCUGAUUAUCCACGACAAUCAAUUAAGGAGACGCCAUGCUGGAUCGAGGUGCAUUUGCAUCGUGCCCUUCAGCUGCUCGACGAGGUGCUGCAUGCCAUGCCCAUCGAUGGAGCCGCUGCAUAAACCACUGUCAACUGUCAACCACUGCACACAUACAAAACAUAUUUAUUAUUCAUAACAACAACAACAACAAAAGCAAACACAACAAGAUGAAAGAAUGUUAGUUUAAGAUUAAAUUUGAGCAGCUACACAUACAUAUAUAUUUAAGUUAAGCAAGUGCAAACAAAAUGGUAUAAAAUAUUUAGUUUUGAUUUGCAAUUUACAUUUAUGAUUAUGUUUGCCUUUAAUUAUUUAAUAAUAAUUUUUAUAAAAAAUUUAAAACAGCUGUUAAACAUUAAGCAAUUAGUUUUAUAUACAAUAUCCAUAGACACACACGUACACAUACACAUAAACAUAUGCAUAUUCAUAUUUGAUAACUGACUACCGGUACAUGUAAUUUGAUGAACCUUCUGUCAUACAGACCACAGCCCAAACAUACACACAGCAUUACAUACGCAGCAACUACAGCGACAGCAAACAUAUGCAAGGCAAGUAAAGAAUGUAGUUGUAAUAUAAAUGUAAUAAACCAAGCAUUAACAAAAUGUA